AUACGAAGAACCGGGCACAGUUCUCAGUAAUCAGUAGUCUGCAAUUCUGCACCCAGGUGGGUGCGCAUGGGCCUUACCUGCUCCUGGGUACUCUGCUGUCCCCACAGGGUCCUGAGCUCAGCCCCUGUCACUGUCUCUCCUGCUGCCCUUUGCUUUGUCCACUCGGCAAUGUUCUCAUCCCCCCAUGCCUACCACCUGUGUGCCAGCUUCUUGGACCAUGAGUUGCCACUCCUGGGGUGCUGGACUGUCCCCACAGCCAUCUGUCUCCCCUGCUCCCCAUGAAGGAGAGGCAGUCCACUCCCAGGUAGCACAUCAGAGCUGGCAGGCUCCAGAGGUCUUCUGGUCCUCUUGUAGUGGCCAGAAAGUGGGGAAAGGGGCCCAGAGAGGGGCAGGAACUGACACAUGGUCACACAGGCUAUUUAUGGCUGAUCUGUCAUCCAUCAGAGCCCCUGGAUUUCCAUUUCACCCAACACAGGGUGUUGGGGUAGAACUGGAGGCCCCCUCCACCCCUACUGUCCUGUCUCCUAAGACCACUUAUCUGACCACCAGCUGUGGGGAAGGAAAACACUUGACCAAAGCUUAUGCCCCAGGUUCCCAGGUAUGGAAUUGACUUCCUCUGCCCCUGCUGGUGUGGUGAGGGUGACUGGGGACGAGGCACUAGGCCUUCGGUGCAGGCGCCUGAGGACGUGGUUGCACUGUCCCUUCUGGGGAUGUGCCCUUGAGCCCAGGCAGAGGAGAGCACAGCCAGGGCAGGACCUGGCAGCCCUGGUACAGAGCCCAGAGCGGGCAUCAGUUCCUGCUGGUCCUGUUCUGUUUACAGACAAGCUGCUGUCCUCCCUGCAAAGGGGAGUGGGUGGGGCAGAGGGCAAGUGCCAGGGGGGCACGAGGCUGGGCAUGUGGCUGGCCUGAGACGGUGUCUGAGUAAUGUCAGGCACCUGGAGGCAUAGGGCCCUGGACCCCAGACCUCUGACCAGGGAGCAGCCAGCGUCCAGGUACCCUAACCCCUGCCCUGGGUCCGGCGUCCCCCCAUUAGUGAGUCUUGGCUCUGCUUAUAGCAUCUGACACCAGAGGGGCCGAAAAUAGCCCCUGGAGAAGGGGGAGGAGGGGGCUAUUUAAAGGGCCUGGGAGGAGAGAGGGAGUGAGGAGUGAUCAUGGCUACCUCAGAGCUGAGCUGCGAGGUGUCCGAGGAGAACUGUGAGCGCCGGGAGGCCUUCUGGGCAGAAUGGAAGGAUCUGACACUGUCCACACGGCCUGAGGAGGGCUGCUCCCUGCAUGAGGAGGACACCCAGAGACAUGAGACCUACCACCAGCAGGGGCAGUGCCAGGCGCUGGUGCAGCGCUCGCCCUGGCUGGUGAUGCGGAUGGGCAUCCUCGGCCGUGGGCUGCAGGAGUACCAGCUGCCCUACCAGCGGGUACUGCCACUGCCCAUCUUCACCCCUGCCAAGAUGGGCGCCACCAAGGAGGAGCGCGAGGACACCCCCAUCCAGCUGCAGGAGCUGCUGGCGCUGGAGACAGCCCUGGGUGGCCAGUGUGUGGACCGCCAGGAGGUGGCUGAGAUCACCAAGCAGCUGCCCCCUGUGGUGCCUGUCAGCAAGCCCGGUGCCCUUCGUCGCUCCCUGUCCCGCUCCAUGUCCCAGGAAGCACAGAGAGGCUGAGAGGGACUGUGACUUGGGCUCCACUGUGCCCGCCCUGGGCUGGGCCCUUCCUGGCUAGGACUGUGGAGGGGAGCUGCUGGUCAUGGCUGCUUUGUAGUUUGCCCAGAGUUGGGGGUUAGGGGAGGAGGGAGCCAGAGCCCAGGAUGCCUGAGCCCCCUGAGUUCCCAAAGGGAGGGUGGCAGAGACGGUGGGCACUAAGGGUGGAGAGUUGGGGGCCAGCACCUCACAAGAUACUGGUGAGGGCAAGAGGUGCCUGGGAGGAGUGGCCCUGAUCCAGGAAAAUGUGAGGGGAAUCUGGAAUGCUCUAGGCAGAAGAAGCUGGGAGGGAGGGGGAGGUGAAGAGGGCAGAGGCAAGGAUGGUGGGGCCCCCAGCACCUUCUGUUAGUGCCGCAAUAAAUGCUCAAUCAUGUGCCAGA